AUGAGGACCAGUAGCUUCUAUUUGACUCUGUGCUGUAUUGUGGGCACAGUACUAGCUUCUGCAGGUGACCGUUUACAGGAAUUCAAAGAGUGUAAUGAGGUGUGCCGGGAGAAGCUGAAUUGUGAUGGUUAUGAUGGCAGCAUCGACAUCAGGAGCUCACGAUUUUUUUCCUACGCGUUCAAGGACAACUGGUUUAUCCAUAGGUUGUUGCUUUGGGACUGUGAGGCUGAAUGCGACUACCAGUGUCAGCAUGUAGUCACUAAGGAGCGUAUCGAAAACAACAAAGACGUCUACCAGUUCCAUGGGAAAUGGCCAUUUUUCAGGUUUUUAGGAAUGCAGGAGUUCUUUUCUGCCAUUUUCUCGGUUGGUAAUGUCUACUCUCAUUUGAAGGGGUGGCGUAUGGUCAAGCGUGAACUUGCCACAGUUGCUCCGGGGCAAAAGACACGCGUACUCCUACACCAAUAUAUGUAUGUUGCAGUUGUUGGAAUGCUGGCAUGGACCUUCAGCACGAUCUACCACACGCGUGAUUUGGAAAUUACCGAGAAACUUGACUAUUUCUUUGCUGGGGCCACCGUCCUUACUGCCUCGAAUGCCAUUUUCACGCGUGCGCAGCGCCUAGAUCUCUAUCCAAGGCUCCAAAAGCUCUUUUCAAGCACUAUUGCAACGAUAUUCCUGCUGCAUAUCAUCAGAUUAUACUUGAACUGGUCAUACAGCUAUAACAUGCGCUUCAAUAUCUUCUUUGGUAUCUGUCAGUUCGUAAUGCUGACAGUACUGGUUAUUCAGAACUACAGGAAACUCAAAUCUGCCGAAGCCCACAGUUCGUAUAUUAACCGCCUAAAUUUGAAGUUUGAAUUGGUCUGGGCUCCUUUCUUAAUAGUUUGUUAUUCCCUAGUUGCAGUCUCCUGUGAGAUAUUUGACUUCUUCAGUUACAGAUUCCAGAUAGAUUCCCACGCAAUAUGGCAUGGUUUAAUUAUCUUCCCAACGUAUUAUUUGUAUGAAUUUUUCAUUAAAGACUUUCGUUACAUCGACUUCGAGAACAAAACAGGUUCGAAAAGCCUGAGGUAA